CUCGUCACCACUGAGAUCUAUGAACUAUCACGCACGCAAACUUAUGCACACAAAUAAUCAAGGGAAUCAUAGAUCGCGUUCCCAGGAAGGAGUUCAAGAAAAGGAGAUCGACGCUUUCUUCCAAGAUCCUUCUGACCAAAGGUCAACCAAAUUUAUUGAGAAACUGCGGGAAUCAGAAAUAAUAAGCGACGACUCCAGCAAAACAUACAAUGAGGAGGAUGAAAACUACAUACCAAGUAACACUGGGGAAUCAACUUCUGAUGCAUCUGAGGACAAUGACGAUUUGGAUUAUAAUAACGAUUAUGAAAAUGAGAAUACCUCUCCAAAAGUCGAUAAGGCGGCUUUUUGUAAGGCUCAUGAUGCUAUCCCGAACACUACAAAGUCGCGGUUGAGCACAGGCAAAAUAGUGGAGUAA